UUUCGAGAAUUGACACAACGUUUGCCUGGAAGACCCAUGACCGAGAUUUGCCAGCUGCAUUACGCAGGACUGGACACCUUUAUCAAUGGUAAAUGCUGAGAAAGUCAUUAUAAUACAUAGUAAUAAUAGUACAUUGAUAUUGAGACACUGAUGAACGACAGGGUUGUUUUUCCAGAGACUCGUGGACGGCAAUACAUAGUGAAGCAGGGCAAUGGAAGUGGGCAGGCAACUGUUGGUAAAGAUGAGGAUGAAGAGGAAGGGCGAGUUCACCUCAGUUCCUGUAAUAGCGCAGGGCCUCGAGGUCCAUCUCUACCUGGAAGAAUCUCCCCGGCUGGAGUUUCUCCGGGGUUGUUACACUGCUGAGGAGCUGUGCACAAAGGCAGCUAAGAAGUGCGGCAUUUCCCCUCUUUGCUGCAAUUUGUUUGCCCUGUAUGAUGAGGUCAGGAAAAUCUGGUUCCCUCCUAAUCACACCUUCAAGGAAAGCAGCCACUUAAAGCUCCACUAUCGCAUGAGGUUCUACUUCACCAACUGGCAUGGUGCGAAUGAGAGUGUGCCACGUGUUUGCAGACACACCCUCAAGAGAAAGAACAGCAAUGGUCCCAAGACCGAACCAGAGGGUAAUCCCCUCCUUGACACUGCCUCACUGAAGUAUCUGUUUGCCCAGGGUCAGCAUGACUUCCUGAAGGGGUGGGCCACACUGUGUAACCCUCAGAAUGAAGAAGAGGUCCACUAUAUUGAGAAUGAGUGCCUGGGGAUGGCAGUGUUGUCUAUCUCACACCAUGCCCUGGACAACAACAUCAUCAUCCCUGGUGUAGCAGGGCAAAUCAGCUAUAAGAAAUAUAUCCCAGAUAGAGUGAACCAAAUCAUCAAGCAGCGGAACUUCCUGACACAACUCCGUAUCUCCCGGGUGUUCCAGGACUUCCUCAACGAGUUCAACAACAAGACAGUGCAGAGCGACAACGUCAGCACCCACGACAUCAAGGUCAAAUACCUAGCUACAUUGGAAACUCUGACCUGUGGGUUCGGCUGUGAGGACUACGAGCCCAAAGUACUCCGUGUGAUGGACAGCGAAGGGGAGAUCCAAGGAACACCCACUUCCUGUAACCAGGGUCAGCCCACCCAGUACCAAGUCCUUGUGUCUGGAAAUACAGGGAUCAAGUGGCGGAGAAAGCAACAGAAUGUGACCAAUGCAUGGACUGCCAAAGAGAAGAAAAAAUCCCCAAAGCACAAAACAAACAUCAACUGGACGAACAAACCACCUGAAGGCGUUUCGAACGAAUGGAAAACCUUCUCCGACUUCCAUGAGAUCACACACAUCAACAUCAAGGGCUCCACAGUCACUGUCCACAAGCAGGACAACAAAAAGAUGGAACUGAGCCUGGUUUUCCACGCAGAGGCCUUGUCUUUUGCCGCCCUUAUUGAUGGAUACUUCCGACUGACGGUGGACGCACAUCACUUCCUGUGUACAGACGUGGCCCCUCCCUCUGUGGUGCGGAACCUGCAGGAAGGCUGUCAUGGGCCAAUCAGCAUGGACUACACCUCCCACAAGCUGCGUCAGGAGGGCGAGGAGGAGGGCAUGUACGUCCUGCGCUGGAGCUGCAUUAACUAUGACCACAUCCUCCUGACUGUCACAGGCAACGAGGUGGACCUGACCAAUAGUCGUCUGUACCGUAGCUUUAAGAUCGAGGUGGGGCCGGAGGGCUACAGCCUGAAUGGUACGGACCUGAGGCAGCCCUCCCUCAGGGAGCUGAUGGAACAGCUGAGGGGCCAGACUCUCAGUACAGACAGAGUCACCUUCCAGCUCUGCAAGGCCUGCCCUCCCCAGCCCAGAGAAAUCUCUAACCUUCUGUUCGUGACGAAGAGAGAGGCGGUGCCGACACACCCCAUACAGAGUCAACUCAUCUUCCACAGGAUCCUCAAAGAGGACAUAUUGCAGGAGGAGCACUUGGGCUGUGGCACCAGAACUAACAUCUAUGCUGGUAAACUGAAGAUAAAGUGUGAGCAAGAGAAGGAUGUAUGGGGUUCCCAAACCCACCACCAGGUCAAAGUGGUCCUGAAAGUGCUGCGGUCCCAACACAGGGACAUCUCUAUGGCUUUCUUUGAGACGGUCAGUAUGAUACAGCAGCUGUCCCACCAACACAUCGCUCUGCUGCAUGGCGUCUGUGUUCGCAACCAGGACAAUAUCAUUGUGGAGGAGCAUGUGAAGCUGGGUCCUCUGGAUGUGUUCAUGAAGGGUUGUCGUCUUCAACUCAGCACUUCCUGGAAGUUCCAGGUGGCCCAACAACUGGCCAGCGUCCUCAGCUACCUGGAGGAUAAGAAGCUGGUCCAUGGUUAUGUAUCUGCUAAGAACAUCCUAGUGGAGCGGGAUGGCCUGGAGGGAGAGACUGGGCCCUUCAUCAAACUCAGUAGCCCUGGGGUCCCCAUCUCUACACUCAACAGACAAGAGUGUGUGGAGAGGAUCCCGUGGAUCGCCCCAGAGUGUGUUAGGGACAGUCAGGUCCUGAGUGUUGCGGUGGAUAAGUGGGGCUUCGGCACCACGCUGUGGGAGAUCUGCUAUGAUGGAGAGGCUCCUCUCAAAGACAAGAAACUCAUAGAGAAGGAGAUGUUCUACUCGGCCCAGUGUUCCCUGGUGACCCCAGACUGCCCUCAGCUGGGUGAGCUCAUAACCAAAUGCAUGACCUACGACCCCAAGAGGAGGCCCUUCUUCAGGGCCAUCGUCAGGGACCUCACCGGGGUGGCUGAGCAGAACCCAGCUCUGCCUCCUGGUAGGGUGCCCAUCCAGGAAGUGGACCCCACCGUGUUUGAAACCAGGUUCCUCAGGAAAAUCAAAGACCUGGGUGAGGGUCACUUUGGCAAGGUGGAGUUGUGUCAGUAUGACCCCCGUGGGGACGGUCGAGGGCAGCUGGUGGCAGUCAAGUCUCUGAAGCCAGAGAGCAGAGGUCAGCUGUGGAGAGAGAUAGACACCAUGAGAGAACUCUACCACCACAACAUCGUCAAAUACAGAGGAGUGUGUAGCGAGGAGGGUGGGAGAACCAUUAGGCUGAUCAUGGAGUACCUGCCAGCGGGGAGCCUGAAGGACUAUCUGCCCUGGAGGAAACACCAGACUGACCUCAAGAGACUUCUCCACUACGCCCUCCAGAUCUGCCAGGGAAUGGAUUACUUGGGAUCCCAGCGGUUCCUCCACCGGGAUCUGGCGUCCCGGAACGUUCUGGUGGAGAACGAGAGCACGGUGAAGAUCGGAGACUUUGGCCUGACCAAGAGCAUGAAGGAGGACAAGAGUUACUACACUGUCAAAGAGGAGACCGACAGUCCUGUGUUCUGGUACGCUCCUGAGUGCCUGGUGGACUGUAAGUUUUACCCUGCGUCUGACGUGUGGUCCUUCGGAGUGACCCUCUAUGAGUUGUUGACCUACUGUGAGACGAGCAGCAGUCCUACCACGGUAUUCUUGGAGAUGCUUCGUCCAACCCAGGGUCAGAUGAAUAUCACCCGAUUGGUGGAAGUGCUGAUGGCCGGCAGGAGGCUGCCCUGUCCACCUCACUGCCCAGAUGCAGUAUACUCUCUGAUGAGGAGGUGUUGGGAGAGUUCCCCAGAGAACAGGAUUCAGUUCAAAGACCUGAUCACAGAGCUGGAGCUGCUGCUGGACGAGAUCCACGGAGGAGACGGACUGGCUGUCUGACCUGACAAAGCUGCUGCUGGACGAGAUCCACGGAGGAGACGGACUGGCUGUCUGACCUGACAAAGCUGCUGCUGGACGAGAUCCACGGAGGAGACGGACUGGCUGUCUGACCUGACAAAGCUGCUUCUGGACAAGAGGCACGGAGGAGAUGGACUGACUGUCUGACCUGACAAAGCUGCUUCUGGACAAGAGGCACGGAGGAGAUGGACUGUAUGUCUGACUUGACAAAGCUGAAGCUACUGCUGGACAAGAGGCACGGAGGAGAUGGACUGUAUGUCUGACUUGACAAAGCUGAAGCUACUGCUGGACAAGAGGCACGGAGGAGAUGGACUGUAUGUCUGACUUGACAAAGCUGAAGCUACUGCUGGACAAGAGGCACGGAGGAGAUGGACUGUAUGUCUGACUUGACAAAGCUGAAGCUACUGCUGGACAAGAUCCACGGAGGAGAUGGACUGGCUGUCUGACCUGACAAAGCUGCUUCUGGACAAGAGGCACGGAGGAGAUGGACUGUCUGUCUGACCUGACAAAGCUGAAGCUGGACGAGAGGCACGGAGGAGAUGGACUGUCUGUCUGACCUGACAAAGCUGACACAUAGAUGGAUAGAUGAUAAUACUAGUGAUGCACCGAUAUGUCAUUUUUGGCUGGUACCGAUAUCCCAUAUUGUCCUUGCCAAAAAAACUGAAAAUUUUAGCGCAUUAUAGUACAGUUAAAUAGUUAACACACACACACAUGGACGCAGCGUUCUAAGGCACAGCAUCUUAGUGCAAGAGGCGUCACUACAGUCCCUGGUUCAAAUCCAGGCUGUAUCACAUCCGGCCGUGAUUGGGAGUCCCAUAGGGCAACGCACAAUUGGCCCAGCGUCUUCCUGGUUUGGCCGGUGUAGGCCGUCAUUGUAAAUAAGAAUUUGUUCUUAACUAACUUGCCUAGUUAAAUAAAGGUCACACACACACCAUACUGACCAAAAAGUUAUUUUGUUGGCAUUUACGUAUGUCCCCAUUACCAGUAAAACGUAAUCAAAACCUA